AUGGCAGACAGUCGAGUUUUCCGAAGCUCUUACAUUAUCGUUCUUUUCUUCCGCGGCAUUCUUUAUGACGCUGGAAGAUUAAGUUUCAAGGACAGGUUUUGCUUCGCAAUACCGGCUUAUUUGGAGUUUGGGACCUAUUAUCAACCUUGGCAAGUAAAAACGGCAUAUUUAAUUUUUGUUCCAGCCUGGAACAACAGUCACCAUGAUUCUAAAGUUUACAAGGUGAAAGGCUAUUUAAGUUCUAAAGUGGGCCGAUAUCCCAACUCAGCUUCCACAUUCCAAAUAUCUUGUUUAAUCAUCAGUGGAGUUAUCUCUGAAAAACCUGGACGAAGCACGAAUAAACUGAUCUGUCCUGAGUGCUCAAGAACCAUUGCCAAAAACCACAGAUCGCUCACGUGCAGCAUCUGUGACCUCACCUAUCACAUCAAGUGUGGAAACGCAACACCAAAGGACUUCAAGUUAAUUCAGAGAAUCGUACCAAUGAUCUGGAAAUGCCCUAUCUGCCUGAGCGACCUUUCAUUUGAUCUUAAUGAGCUACCAUUUGCUUCUCUGUCCGAAGAAUCUUUCAACUCUAUGGUGAGAACAGAUCCACUUUACAACGAAUAUUCACAAUGCGAUUCUGACAAUGAUCAUUUGUGUGAAAUUGCCCAAAAAAUAAAUGCCUCACCGAAAAACUCAAGCAAUGAAUCUGAUCUCUCGCUGAUUGAUUGGUUUGCUUCGCACAUCAAUUCAUAUCACAAGAGAAAUCUAAAAAUUGGUCACUUAAAUGUGAACAGCAUCUACAGCAAGGUGGAUGAGGACUAA